CUUAAAUCCGGAAAACUUAUCUAAUGCGGUGUUGAAGAGUUUUCUUAUUUUAUUUUUUUAAGCUUCCUCGUGAGAUCUCUAGCUUCUAUUUUUCUUUUCAAGAAAUAAAAAUUCUUCUUAUUAUAUACAACAACUCGCAAAAGGUAUCAUCCUAUUUUUUUUUUCAAUUCCCUCAAAGGGCCAUGAUGGACCGCCGUUGGUGAUUGAGUGAUCGUCAAACCCCAAAAGAACCCCUCCGAUGUACUCCUCUUCCUAAAUUAGGAAACUCUUUCUCCGGACAAUUGGACAAGCGCCCACGUCUCCUCUUUUCCUCCAUCAUUAUCCACCACUCCUCUUAUACCUUGCACUGUGAUCAUCCUGGGUCGGUUGCAUUAGUCUUCUUCUUAUAACCUACCAACCAGUCUUUCACAUCACCUCAACCUUGCACCCGCCGCCUUUAUCAAGUCGUUUGAGUGCGGGGCGCAGCGAACCCUCGUUAUUCGGCCUCUGGAGUCACCUUGUUUGUGUCUCUGUUCAUCGACGCCAUUUUCUUCCUUUCUUUUUCUUUUCUUCCUCCCUCCCUCCCUCCGUCUCGGCUUCCCUUGAGCUCGGCUGCUGAAGGACCUCAUCGCCAUGCUUCUUGCCCCCAUGCACCCGCCAACGUCACACUAUAUUUCCGAAACCGGUCGGACGACCUCGCAGACAGCUAUGUCUACUGUCACUCCUCAGUCCUCGUCAUGUCCUUCAACAGUCUCUCAUUCAAACCUAUCUUAUAGCCUAGUGUCCAAUGUGACAGGCAACCGGAGACCUUCCGUAAGGCCGAAACUGACCCUCCAAACGACAUCUCUCCCAAGAACAUUUGGUACCUCUUCGACGGGGUUGUCUCUGUCGCUUGCGACCGGACCGACAGCGUCCCCCACUGUCCGUAACACCUUCAAGAAUGCCUAUGAAGUAGCAGCACCAUCCUCUGCUACCUCAUCCCCCUCAAGAUCAUCGAAUAGUCGGCUCAGCAAGCCAACUUCGCCAUAUACCACAAAUAGCCCUUAUCAACUUCCUCUUGGAGUGAAGAGCAUUCUUCGCAACUCGCCGUUAGAGCCGACAUGCAGGCGUCGGGGCUCGGUGGCCGCGAACGGACCCAAUGGAGGACCGGGCUCACGCCGUGUCUUUUUCCCCGCCAAGAAGCAAGUAAGCUAUCGGCAGCCGCUGGAAGAGGAAAUCCAAACCGUGCGUUAUACUGCGCGACACUCCGAUCUCAAAAAUCAACCGAAUCCCGAACCCAACGAAGCUGGCUCCGAGGAGGAUUCGGAUUCAACCGCUAGCGCAGAACCGUCUGAUGCCAGCACGUCGGACGAUGACGCAGAAGUAAAGUCGAACAAAGUCCCCCUUAAUUCAUUUGAAAGGAAAAAGCGGAAGCAUUUGAGUGUGGAAAAGCAAAUUCGGGCAGUUGCUCUACUGGAUGGUAUCGAAAAAGAUGGGUCGUCCACUCCGCAAACGCCAUGUCAGGAUCGUGCCAAACGUCGUUGCGAAUGGAGAUGGACUCUAGGACCAUUAGAAAUACGGAAUGGGAAUAGUCAGUCUGAAGACAAGACUGCAUCUUAUCCAGAGAUGGCACCGAGCAUAUCGCCUGCUUCUAAUCCCGCAACCACAUCACCCGACAAUGAAAACGACAGCCCUAGAUCCUGGGUCUCGAACGCCACCUCUUUGUCCAGCGUCUCGGAGCAAAAUCCUAGCCCCAGUUCUUUCAUCGCCCUAGAUUUUGCCAAAGACAGUGAUUAUUGCAAGAGUAACACGACGCACGAAGCUGAACGAGCGCACGCAAAUUCAGUUCAAUGAUGAGCGAUGAAAUGGAAAUCAAGCAUGCAUUGAUGAGUUAAGAUUUCCGAUUAUGAUUUAUGCAUAUAGAAGGCAUGGAACCAUGACCCUUUCAGCACGCAUCUCUUCAUUUCAAUAUACACCAUUUUAUAUAUACCUUCAAGUUGAGUUCGGUUGAGGUUUCCAGAGCAUGAUUGAUUGAUUGAUUGAUUAUAUUUACAUUGGGAGUUCCUUGUUUGUUACCAACAAGGCGGCAUGAUAUCAUUUCAUAUACAUACAACACACCUCGGAUCAUAUACAUACAUAUAUUAUUAUUCUAAUACAUUUUUACAUUGAUACUGGAUCAUGUGUUGGAAUCAGACUAAUUCUUCUGAGUAAC